GGUCAAGGGUCAGAGAUCAAAUGCCAAGCCUGUGAUGAGGAGAAUCAGGCUUUGUCAAGAUGCACGGACUGUGAUCAGUUCCUGUGUCAAGAAUGUCAAAAGGCUCAUGGGCGUAUGACUGUUAUGAAAUCUCACAAAAUUUAUACACUGGCUGAACUUCGAUCAGGAGAGAUUGUCUACAAGAGUAAACUAAGAGAUGAAGUUCCCAAAUGUGGCAAGCAUCCAGAUCAGAAUCUCAACGUCUACUGUGACACAUGUGAGCAAGUCAUAUGUCUCAUGUGUACUGUUCUUGAUCAUGGGAAUCCAAAACAUUCCCUCAUCGGCCUAUCUGAGGCUUUUGGAAAGUGUAAGAACAAAGUUGAAGAACUUGUUUCUGAAGUCACCAAGAGUAAAACAGAACUAAACACCACCAUAGAGAAGACUUGCACAUCUCGCAAGAAACUCGACAUCAUGUUUGAAAACACCAAAAAGAAAAUCUCAGAAAAAGCUGACCAAGAGGUUGCCAAAAUCCGACAGGAGGAGCAGACACUGUUAACAGAGACCGACAGGAUUUAUCAAGAAAGAGUCACAACAUUUGAGGCUGCUCAAGCUAAUAACAGCAAAGCGAUGACACAGACGAAGCACAAGUUGGAGGAGGUGAAACAACUCAUGAAUCAAGCGAGUUGCUACGAGAUUCUUGAACUUCAGCAGAAGCUCUUGCAUAACCUCAGUGAACUGACAGGGAAGCAGCCACAGCAAGUUCCUGACAAGUUGACCUUCAUGGACUUUGAAGAAGGUGAGAGGUCACUUGGGAGACUCAUUCUGAAAGAAGAGCCAAAGGCAGCAGCAAAGCAAUCACUAAGACCUGCAAGAUCAUGUGUGAUGGAGAAACGGGAACUGAAGACCGAAGAACAGUCAAGGGGUGCUGCGAAGCAAUCACCAAGACUUGCAAGAUCAUGUGUGAAGGAGAAAUGGGAACUGAAGACUGAAUUCAAGAACUUUGAAGUAGGAAAUACACAGAUACGACAUGUGUCAGCACUCUCUGACAAUAACAUAGUAUUAACCAAUUGGAAUAAUACACUAUUCACAGUAUCACUGACCAAUAGUCAACAUACACCAUCUCCUAUCACACAAAGGCUACAAAUCAAUGGCCUCACUGAUGCAAGGUGUAUUGCAGUGAGCAAGGAUGACAAGCUCCUUGCCCUAGAUGGUGCAGUAGUCAAGGUCUUCAACAAGCAACAUCAGCUCCUCCAUCAGUUCACACCAGGUAUAGGGUCAGGCAACCAUCCAACAUGCCUCGCAGUGGAUGACAGCAAUCUGAUAGCAGUGGGUUAUGAAGUCAAGAAUGAGAUAUCUCUACACAACCCAGAUGGAUCCCUCAUCAGGAGACUGCCUGCUCCAAUGAUUGGAGGUUAUCUGACAAUGUACAAUCACCGCCUGAUCUACACAAACUAUGGCAGCCGAAGGUUGGUAUGUGUAGACUACUAUGGUGCCAGUGUAUUCCCAGUAGACAUGACCAGCAACAUGCAGGGCAGGGGUUGCUACCCUACUGGUGUGUGCUGUGGCAGUGAUGGCAGCAUCUAUGUCGCUGUGUAUGGAUAUCUAACAGGUAAUAUUCUGCAUUACAGUCCUGAUGGCAAGUACAUUGGAUGUGUGAUCAAGGGAUGUGGUUAUCCACGUGGCAUCUCAUUCACAUCAGGUGGUGAUCUGGUAGUGGCUGAAGACCAGUCUGUAAAGGUCUAUCACCGAGUGUAAGGACAGAUUAAUUCAACUGGAGCUAUCCAGCGUAUCCACCAACCAGCUUCCAUCAGGCAUUGAACAUUGUCACUGAAAAAGAACUUGAAAGUACACUCCCUCUAAUAAUAUUCUGCAAUACUGUAUAUUUGGUUUAUUUCUAAGGUCUUUGGUCUCUGUAUGUGUUCUAAUACCCUAACCACUUCCCCUUUCAAAAAUCUUGGACUUCAACACCAAAACCACUUCCUAUAAAAUCUUAGAUCUGGUGGUCCACUAAUGAGAGCAAAGGAAUGACCCUUCACAUUGUUUGCAAAUAGGGUAGAGUGCACAUUUAAAAAUAUUAUCAACGAGAGGGAAAGUACUACCAUGAGCGGGCAAUUCAAUUUCCUCAAAUUCAUCUUAGCAAAAUGCAAAGUCAAUGCAUGAUGUGUUUUGCAAGUACAGUAAACUCCGGCUAAACUGGCACUCUCAGGACUUACAGGAAUGGUCUUUUGCACACAUGAUUCAUUGCACUCAUUGGCUUCGAUGUACCCUGGAUUAUCUCCUUAUAAUGCUUGAGUUGAAUCCAGCAAAUUAAUCCUUGAAUUGUAUCAUCAUGUUUGGGGUAUUGCACAGUAACAAAUUAAAUGCGCACGCAUUGACUGCAGCAGUAGUCAUUCAGUAAGACGACCCCCAAAAUGGACAGAGCGCAUGCGUACAGCCUAGAAGGGGUACUGGUAUUGAUAUGAUGUAUGCAGCAAAGGUCCUUUAUCACCGCGUAGUGGUAUGCAGUAGGACACUCUUUUUCGACACUGAUGCAUGCAGUGAUCACGGGCUGUGCGAAACCACUUUUCACAUGACACUUUGCCAACCACAGUACAGGAAGUUGAUGCCAAUGCGUGAGUUGUUGAAUGCCGACUUACACAAACGAUUUUGUAAUGCUUUUAUGGAGAGGGGACCGAGAGUAACACGACGACUUGAGCAAAAUGGUGACUUAUAAAAGCUGAC